AUGCCGCCAGUGCCCUGCUCCCCAGGAGGCGAAGGGCGGCGAGGGGGGCGCGAGACCGGAGUCUUUGCUGGAGCCGCAGCUACUCCGGAGAGCUCGUCUCUUGGAACUGCGGGUCUUAACAUAUGCACUCGUGGAAGCGCUGCCUCAUGUGAAGAAUGUCUGUUAAUCCACCCAAAAUGUGCCUGGUGCUUCAAAGAGGACUUUGGCAGCCUGCGCUCCGUCGUCUCCCGGUGUGACUUGGAGGCAAACCUGGUCAGAAAUGGCUGCGGAGGCGAGUUUGAGAGCCCAGCCAGCACCACCCGGGUCCUGCGGAGCCUGCCCCUCAGCAGCAAAGGCUUCAGUCCCACAAGCUCGGACGUCAUUCAGAUGACACCUCAGGAGGUGGCCCUGAGCCUGCGGCCUGGUGACAAGACUACCUUCCAGCUGCAGGUUCGACAGGUGGAGGAUUACCCUGUGGACUUGUACUACCUGAUGGACCUCUCCCUGUCCAUGAAGGAUGACUUGGACAGCAUCCGAAACCUGGGCACCAAGCUUGCUGAGGAGAUGAGGAAGCUCACCAGCAACUUCCGGUUGGGGUUCGGGUCUUUUGUAGACAAGAACAUCUCCCCUUUCUCCUACACAGCGCCAAGGUACCAGACCAAUCCAUGCAUUGGUUACAAACUAUUCCCAAACUGCGUACCAUCCUUUGGGUUCCGCCAUCUGCUGCCUCUUACAGACAGAGUCGACAGCUUCAAUGAGGAGGUUCGGAAACAGAGGGUGUCCCGGAACCGGGAUGCGCCCGAAGGGGGCUUUGAUGCAAUACUCCAGGCGGCCGUCUGCAAGGAGAAGAUUGGCUGGAGAAAGGAUGCGCUGCAUUUGCUGGUGUUCACUACAGACGACGUGCCCCACAUCGCACUGGAUGGAAAACUGGGGGGCCUGGUGCAGCCACACGACGGCCAGUGCCACCUGAACGAGGCCAACGAGUACACGGUGUCGAAUCAGAUGGACUAUCCAUCUCUUGCCUUACUUGGAGAGAAAUUGGCAGAGAACAACAUCAACCUCAUCUUUGCAGUGACGAAAAGCCAUUAUACGCUCUACAAGAAUUUUACGGCCCUGAUACCUGGAACAACAGUGGAGAUUCUACAUGGAGACUCCAAAAAUAUCAUUCAGCUGAUCAUCAAUGCAUACAACAGCAUCCGGUCUAAAGUGGAGCUGUCUGUCUGGGAUCAGCCUGAGGAUCUUAACCUCUUCUUUACUGCUACCUGCCAGGAUGGUGUGUCCUACCCUGGCCAGAGGAAGUGUGAAGGCCUGAAGAUUGGGGACACGGCGUCCUUUGAGGUGUCAGCAGAGGCCCGGAGCUGCCCGGGGAAGCACGCGGAGCAGACAUUCACGCUGCGGCCUGUGGGGUUCCGGGACAGCCUGGAGGUGGGCGUCACCUACAGCUGCAGGUGCGGCUGCAGCGUGGGGCUGGAGCCUGACAGUGCCAGAUGCAGUGGGAAUGGGACUUACAUCUGCGGCCUGUGUGAGUGCAACCCCAGCUACCUGGGCACCAGGUGCGAGUGCCAGGAAGGGGAGAGCCAGACCGGGUACCAGCACCUGUGCCGGGAAGCGGAGGGCAAGCCCCUGUGCAGCGGGCGCGGGGAGUGCAGCUGCAACCAGUGCUCCUGCUUCGAGAGCGAGUUCGGCAAGAUCUACGGGGCUUUCUGCCAGUGUGACAACUUCUCCUGUGCCAGGAACAGAGGGGUCCUCUGCUCAGGCCAUGGCGAGUGUCACUGUGGAGAAUGCAAGUGCCACGCAGGUUACAUUGGGGACAACUGUAACUGCUCAACAGACAUCAGCACGUGCUUGGCCAAGGAUGGCCAGAUCUGCAGCGACCGUGGGCGCUGUGUCUGUGGGCAGUGCCAGUGCACAGAGCCAGGAGCUUUUGGAGAGACGUGUGAGAAGUGCCCCACCUGCCCAGAUGCCUGCAGCACCAAGAGAGACUGUGUCGAGUGCUUGCUGCGUCACAUGGGGGGCUCAGCUGACAACCAGACCUGCCAAAACCUGUGCAAGGACGAAGUGGUCACGUGGGUGGACACCUUCGUGAAAGAUGACCAAGAGGCCGUGCUUUGUUUCUACAAAACCGCCAAGGACUGCGUCAUGAUGUUCGCCUACACGGAGCUCCCCAGCGGAAAGGCCAACCUGACAGUCCUCAGGGAGCCAGAGUGUGGAGCUGCCCCCAAUGCCACGACCAUCCUCUUGGCCGUGGUUGGCAGUAUCCUCCUGAUUGGGAUUGCGCUCCUGGCCAUCUGGAAGCUGCUCGUCACAAUCCACGACCGGAGAGAGUUUGCGAAGUUCCAGAGUGAGAGGUCCAGGGCCCGCUAUGAAAUGGCUUCCAACCCUCUAUACAGAAAGCCCAUCUCCACACACACCGUGGAUUUCACCUUCAACAAGUUCAACAAACCCUACAAUGGCACAGUGGACUGACAGCUCCUCCUCGGAGGGCCAGAGGGGGCUGACGAUAAGUCAGAGACUGAUACACCCUGGACAGCCGCUCGAUUGGGUCGCAGCUCCCUAGAGGGACAUGCAAAGACACCUUCCUGGGAGCCUGGGCCGGAAGCCCGUUGCCUGAACAGGAGGACAGCCAGAGUGCCACCUGGCUGCUGGGCCACAGCCAUGUCAGGCCGCCACCCGUCCAAGCUUGGGAAAGGCCCGGGACUUUGGCGCUCUCAGCUUUCCGCACCACAUCCAGCUUGCUGACUCAGGAGUGCUGCCGGGGGUCUAGGCUGCCCCUCCCUUCCAAGAAGGCCGAGCCUCCAGCCUGGCCAGAGGAGAAGGCUCUUGGGAGUAUCAGAGUGUGCGGAACCAACACACACUCGGGCUUUUGUCGUGUCGAUCAUUUUUAUAUGAAAUAAAAAGAUCAUGCAUUUAUGGUAUCGUUCUGAUUACUGCGAAUUGUCUGCCUGAUGUCUGUCCUUGCACAGGGGUGUUGGUGAUGGGAUUAUUAAGAUGUCUGCUGAAGACAAGGUAGUUGCAAAUGUCAGUUUUCCAAGUCUGUCUGUGUUUGUUUAGUACUUGUGUAAUGAAAGGGGAAAAGAUUGGGAUUGAAAGUAAAGAUUAAAACCAAAAGAUUUUGUGUUUGCCUGA